GGGGGAGAUGCUCCUGCGUAUUGUAUUAUAUUGUACUUGUACUUUGUCCUUGUCACAGCUCAGGAGAAAUCGACACUACACGUAUCUUUUCGUUUUCACUCUAUCUAUCCCACCAUUAAGCUUUUCUUCUCACAAUGGGUUCCAUCUCCACCAGCGAACCGGCCUUGUUCUAUCAGAGCGCCUACACGACCAAGCACCCGACCGUGGUGUCUGCGUCCGGGCUGUACCUGACACUGGAGAAUGGCCAGAAGGUCCUCGAUGCGACGUCUGGCGCCGCCGUGUCGGGCAUCGGUCACGGCAACAAGCGUGUGAAGGAGGCCAUCGUGGCGCAGCUGGAUAAAGUCGAAUAUGCACACCCGGGCUAUUUCCAAAACACGCCGUCCAAUGAGCUCGCGGAUUUCCUCGUCCAAACCACACAGGGGAAGCUGUCCAGAGCAUGUCUCCUCGGUUCGGGUGAGUCCUGACUUCAUUACUCUCCUACCCGAUAGAACAAACAUUGAUGGCUAAACGUCACAUACAGGGUCCGAGGCAAUGGAAGCGGCCAUGAAGCUCGCCCGGCAGUAUCAUCUCGAGCUCUCCCCCGACUCACCUCGACUCAACUUCAUCGCGAGAAAGGGCUCCUGGCACGGCUGCACGCUCGCCGCGCUCUCCCUGGGAGACUUCACACCCAGGAAAGAAAUCUUCCGCUCCAUACUGCACAACAACGUCACGCACGUCUCGCCGUGCCACCCGUACCGCGACCUGCGCGACGGCGAGACCACCGAGGAGUAUGUCGCCCGGCUCGCACAAGAACUGGAAGAUGAGUUCCAGAGACUGGGCCCCCACACCGUGUGUGCGUUUGUCGUCGAGCCCAUGGUUGGCACGG